CGGGCGAAGCUGUUUACUGGCUGUUUGAAUCGCAUUGGGAUUUUUUUUUUAAACUCUUGAAAUAAAACCCGAACGCCCAUGUUCGGAAAAAUGGAACCGGAAAGAAGCAAGACAUGGAUUCUACAACAAUGAAACCAACCGAUAAAGCAGAGGCCGAUGUCAUCAUAUUAGAAGAAUACCAGUCUGUAGGAUGUGGAGGUGAAGCAGAGAAGUCUAAUCAGGUCAUUUUGAAUGAGGUGCCAAAAAGAGAAACUCGCCAGUCCGUGAAAAAGACCGAAGCACCAGCUGGAUGCAGCACGACUUUUGACAAGAAAAAGACGGACACACCUGGCCUAGACGGCACGACCUUGGACAUGACUGACUUUAAGAUGGCCGGUGAGGUCUUUAAACACAUUGUAAAAGCUUGUUCAACUUCAAAUCUGAAGUCUCAAGACCUGUGUGUAAUUCUCCAAACACUUGUCAGCCAUCACAGUCACAGAGCUGGAUUGAUUUUAAUGAAGCGUUGUGUGAAGUCUGUUGUAGCUCACGUGGUCAGUAGCUGUGUAAGAGACGUAUUAACGGGGUCUUGUUUAGCAUGCCGUUUAGGUGACGAGUCUCAGGAUGGGCACACUUGUCUUUUACUAGAAUCUGAUUCUGAGGAGAUGCACCCUUGUGUUUCCAGCAUCUGUCAACAGAUCAGUUUUUAAAGAUUAACACAAACGGUGUUUUCUAUGUUUAAACCCUUGUGUGGAUUAAGAAUUGUGAAACUGACUAAAAUUCAUAUUCUCAACUGUCUGAAGCAGUUUGUUGCUGAAGUAAACACUUUUCAGCUUAUACAAAAGAUGCACCGUGCAGCAAAACCCAAGAUUUGAACUUGUCUCUAAUCACCAUUACAGUUAUUUUUUAAAGCCAAAAUCGAUUUACAGAAACCUAAACAAACUGCAUUAUCCAUGCUAAACAAGACCUGUUUGUGUCGUAUUUUCUGUCGGCUGUUUGAAUUUUGUUUUUUUGUUGUCAGAUGAACUGAGACUCAGCAACUAGAACAAGGAAAACCAGAUCCCUGCAGCGUGACACGUAAUACAACCUAUAGAAGGUCUUCUCCUUAUUUUAUAUCUGCUAG